UGCUUAGUUCAACAGGUGUACAUCCGCGUGUUGCAAUGUCCGCAGGAUUACACUCUGUUGGAAUAUAGCCAAAAUUCAAAUCACCAUGACUUCUAAUUUCUUUAAUUCUAUUUUCAACAAAUUUUUCUCCUUUAUAAUUUUCUUUAAUCCAAUAUAAAACAGGUUUAGAAUCACACCAAAGAUAUUUUUGAGAAAUUUUUAAACCAAUUUGUUUUGAAACAAAAUUUACCGCUCUAGUAGCAAUUAGUACCCCUAACAAUUCCAUUCGUGGUAUACUAACGCUCAUCUUUUUAGGUUUGAGUCUAUUUCGGGCAUACAAAAUAUUAAGCAUAAUUUUUUGACUGGUGAUACAUCUCAUAUAAACACAAGAAGCGUACGCAUCUUUGGAUGCAUCACAAAACACAUGUAAUUGAUAUUCACCGCUUUUAUCUAUUAUUUUUCUUUCAAUUUCAAUAGGCGAAACUUUCCAUGUUUCGAUGAUUUCACACCAUUUGUUGGCUUCUUCUUCGAUUAAAAUGCUAUCCCAUUCUCGCUGUUUUUCCCAUAAAGACUGGAAAAACAAUUUCGCGGAUAAUAAACUCGGGGAAGCAAAUCCUAGCGGGUCAAAUACGCUAGCUAAUUGUUUCAGUACCAACCUUUUAUUUAUCUUUUUAUUAUUCUCAACAACAGGAAAAGUUACUGAAAGUUUGUCAGUUUCAAUAUUCCAUGGAAUUCCUAGAAUUUUUGAUUUGCUUUUUUCUAAGCGAUCUUCCAUAGGCAAUUCUUCAUUAAAUUCUAAACAAUUAGAAAUGAACUCUCGAAGGUUCAUUUGGGCUGUUUUAAAUAUAUUUUUCAAUUUAAAAUAUGCUUCUGAAGCUUCCUCUUUUGUAUCAACACCUAUCAAUAUAUUAUCCACAUAUGAAUUAUUUUUAAGCCUUUGUGCUAUUGGGUCAUCCAUUGACUCUAAAUGAUGCCUUACCGUGGCAGAUAAAAGGAAAGGACUUGAUAUUACCCCGAACGGGACCUUUGAAAAUCGUAAAUAUUUUAUAUUAUCUGAAGUGAUUGGCUUUCUUACGUCCUUUAACCAUAUUAAUUUUAAUACUUCUCGAUCUUCUGGAUCAAGCUCUAAACAAUGAAACGCUUUUUCAAUAUCUGCCCAAAUGGCAAUUUUUGGAAGCCUAAAUCUAAUUAACAUUCCAGCUAAUUCUGGCAUUAUUAUCGGACCGCGAUAUAACAAUUCAUUUAGGCUUUUUCCUCCUCUUAUUUUAGCCGACGCGUCAUAC